AUGCGUGACUUCUGUAACGACACGUAUGCGCGCGCACACACAUAAUAUGACUUUUUCUGCUUUAAAAAACGUUUUAUUAUCAUUUAUAUAUCAUAUGAUAUUUUUAUAUUUUACAUUAUUCACACAAGUCACGUGCAAAGUAAGUUGGGGGACGAACAGGAUCAAUAAAAUAAAUCAGAUGCAAUGAAGGAAAAAAGUACAAGCCACAUGUAAAAGCCACACAACAACAACAUCCGUGCAAAGGUUUGGGCAGAUUCCAUAUUUCUCACGGGUUUUUGAAGUGAAAAGAAGUAACUUACGACAUUAAAGUGAGCCUCUCUACAAAUGCUACUGCACUUUUGUUCCAUGGGCACCUUAUUAAGUCAAUAUUUACUAAGUGUGUCUCCGUGCAACUUUUGCAUCUCUUUGUGGUCGGUUUUUGUCUUUUUGUGUCUCUCUUUGGUUGUGUUUCAUCUAUGUAGUCUUUUGCAUCUCUGUGUCUUUGUGUACAUUUUGCAUCUGUUUAGUGUUUCUUUUGGGUAUCUCAUGGUCAUUUUGCGUCUCUUUGGGUUCGUUUUUGCAUCUCUUUGUGGUCGUUUGUUGUCUCUUUGUCGUUGUUUUAUGUCUCUUUGGGGUUAUUUUGCACCUGUUUAGUGUUUCCUUUGCAUCUCAUGUAGUCAUUUUUGUAUCUCUGCGGUUGUUUUGCAUCACUUUGUGGUCGUUUUGUGUGUUUGGGGGGUCUAGGGGCCUGUGUCCUGUAUUACCGUUCCGUUUUCAUCCAUGCCUGUUUGAACUUCUGUGUUCAGUAAAGUUACUUCCCCCACUUCCCUCUAUACCUGACGCUCGACAGUAUAUUACGACCUUGUCGGUUGGACCUGGAAUUUCCUAAAGCACCUGAAUGCGGCGCUGACGUGCCUCCAUUUUGUGUCGGUCGGCCGUUUCCGUGUUUCCGAGCAGGGACCGAUUAAACGGUGUCAGCGGGGAGUAUGGCUCUGCUUGCAGGUCGGGAGUGCGGAGACGUCUUGCAGGGAGAGCCGGGCAGCGCUGACACUGACAGCUGGGUAGUAAACAGCUAACGGCCAACAGCUAACGGCUAAAAGCGGCUAGCUCCAGUGUUACCGCAACUAGCCGAGCUGGUAAACCGUCGAUAGCAGGCUAACGUUAGCCGGCUAACCCGUGAGUGUUUUUGGUGGCGUUGAGUUACAUCACCGCGACCUACCAGCACCCUCCCACCCUAAUUUUUGUCAAACUGCUCCGACCACGGAUUGCCACAACGGCACUUUCCAUUCAUGUUGUUUUGGAGGACGAGACAACCAGACCUCCUCUUCUUCGAGCCAGGGAGUCAGUGUGUGUCGUCCCAGCUGAGACAGUGAAGUCACCUGCCUUUACCCCACACAGAGAGGUGCCAAGAGAGGGACAGGAUGCCUAUUCCUCCCCCUCCCCCUCCUCCCCCUGGACCCCCACCCCCACCCACCUUCAAUGAGGCAAACACGACUCCUCCCAAACUGAGCACAUCCGAGGCUAAGGGCCGAGGAGCGCUGCUUUCAGACAUCUGCAAAGGAACCAAGCUGAAGAGGGUCACUGCGGUCAGUGACCGGAGUGCUCCCGUUCUAGAGAAAUCAGGAGGAGGUGGCGGUGGAGGAGGUGGAGGUGGAGGUGGAGGAUUUGGAGGUGGAGGGCCAAAGGGAAUGGGGGGCCUUUUCCAAGGCGGUGUGCCAAAAUUACGCCCAGUUGGAGAUGGUUCAGCAGUAGGUGGUUCGGUGGGCAGAUCCGCACUGAGGCCGCCGGGGUCGCGACCCACAGCCCCUCGCCCCCCAACGGGCCGCUCCAACUCGCCCUCCCCAGCCAACAGGCCCUCUCCACCCGAGCACCAGCGCUCCCACCGCCCCUCACUCCCCGACAUCUCCCGCCCCUCCAGUAGCAGCAGCAGCUCGUCAACAGGCAGCGGGAUGAAGCACAGCACCUCCGCCCCGCCCCCCCCUCCACCCUUCAACAGGGGUGGCCGUGGCAACGCUCCGCCUACCCCCAACCAGAAAGCACCCGCUACGCCUUCCACAUCCUCUUCUCACAGCAGAGAGAAGCCCCUCCCGCCGACACCCAACAGAGGCCCCACCCCUUCCAGCUCCGUGAAGCCGCCGUCAUCUUCCAGCAGACCUCCAACAGGCGGCUCCUCCGCUCCUCCGCCUCCCCCGCCCUACAGACCACACACAUCAGUAGGCAUCUCCAACGGGCCGUCCCACGUAGACGGGGGCGGUGCCCCGGAGCUGCCACAGAGGCACAACUCCCUGCACAAAAAACACACAUCAGGAGGCGGCAGCCAUGGACGCAGCCACGCCCCUCCACCUCCUCCUUCAUCAUCUCCAUCCUCUCAGCAGGUCGCCAGACCACCACCACCUGCCAGAGAUCCGCCUGGACGCAGAGCAGCUCCCCAGGUGCCUCGUAACGGCGGUCGUGAUGCCCCUCCUCCCCCACCCCCGUACCGCAUCAACAGCUCUGCGAUCUCAGAGUCCCACACCCGAGCGGGAAAACCGCCUCCUCCUCCCUCCUCUUCCUCCAUCUCAUCCUCCUCCUCAUCCACCCGCACCCCGGCCGGACCCCCUCCACCUCCCCCGCCCAUCAGGAAUGGCCACUCCAUCACCUCCUCCUCCAAGUCCAUCAUAGAUGAUUUUGAAUCCAAGUUCAACUUCCACCCCAUUGAAGACCUUCCACCUCCAGAGGAGUACAGGCAUUUCAACAAGGUCUACCCCAGUAAAAACACCAAGGCCAUGAUGAGAGGAGCUCCUCCAGCGCCACCAGUGGGGAGGUGAACAGGCUUCAGCUCAGGACUUGAAACUCUCAGUCAGCUGACUCGGUCAGGAGAGAGUGGUGAAGAAACACUCGAAUCUCACACACACACACACACACACACACACACACACACACACACACACACGCUAACACUAAACCACCAGACAGAAGCACAGUGGCCAAAAAAAGUAAACACUACUACACCAGACAGGUUUGACACUACUCAGCGGUCACUUUCUUUCCUUGCACGAGAGAAUAAAAACCACUCGGAGGCGAGAAACGGACUUGACCUUUGUGACCGUGACCAUCGCGACUUCUCCUCUGCUGACUGGACGUAGAGGCCUCGGUUUGACUACACAUAUCAGGACCAAACUCCGAACACUUCCAAACCUGUGCAUUCCACCUUUUCCACAUUUUUUUAAUGCAUAUUCUUGAUGAUGAUGUUGAUUUUCAUAAUUCUGAAUAACCUCUUUUAUUUUGUUUAUUUUAUUAUUUUUGGUGUCAGCAUUAAUUUGUGGGGGAAAGAAAUUGAAUUGAAUUUAUGUUUUAGUUUUCAGCAAAUGAAUUCCACUCAAGUCUCCCCACAAAACUGAUAAUGCUACGAAUGUGGGGUUUAUUGAUGGUAAUUUUAUUUUGUUAUCUUUUUUUUUUCGGUUAAGUUUACGUCUUUAAUAGCCAUUCCAGCAGUGCCAGGUGAGGGUGCGUUUGAUUCAUCUCGCUGUCUCUGUGUGCCAAAAGCGGGUGGAGUCGAAUGAACUACCAAGAGUGAGGACAGUUUUCACGCUUGUUUUUUAUGUAACUAUAAGUUCUCUCUGAUCAUGGACAAAAUGCAUUACAGGAAAGCUUGCCAAGUUUUGACAGAAGCUUUGCCUGGUUGUUUAUUUUUACAUUCGGAGAGGGACUGUUUCCUGCUUUUUUUUUUCUUCUUUUUUUCUUUUUUUUUCUCCUCUCCUUUAUUUGAGGGUGUUUUUAUUUCCAUCUUCAGGCGAUGUUGCACGGCAGCUUAACUGCUCAACCGAGACACUGUGCACGACGCUCAUUUAUGCACUUAACACAUCGGGAUUACACUCACAUUGAUGUAACACCAAACAAAAAACACACAAGGAUUCAUUCCUAGUCUGUCCCUGAUGUGUCUAACUGUAGUUCACAUAGCCAGCAUCUUGCUCCACUCACACACUGUGGUUUCUGUGUGGGCCGUCGCGAAGCCCAACAGUAAAUUAUUAGUUGUUUACUGGACCAAGUUUUGAUGAGUUUUAGCUGCAGGUUUGCAGAGUUUUGCAGGAGUUUAUAAGGGAUCGUUUAUCACUUUCCGCAGAAUUCCUUUUCCAGGGAAGUCGGUCCAACAGCUCAAGUCUGUUCUGAAUCCAUAAUUUUACUUUUGCUGCUGGUGGCCCUUUAAAGAAGGACCGUACGACCACAGGAAGACGAUAUGUUGUUGUUGUUAAAUUGCUAUGCAGUUUGAUAGAUUGUAGCUGGUAAGAGCUAACCAAAAAAAAAAGGAACACUUAAGUGCCAGAGAACUAUUAAUUCAGAUGGAGGUUCUUCACUACACUUUUUUUUCUUUUUUUUUUCCUUUAAGCUUGACUUAAAAAACACUAAUUACAUAUUCAGACUAAGAAACCAGGCAGGAAAAAUGAAGAAAUAGAAAUGCUUGUUCAGGUCAUUCUCCAUUCUCCAUUCUCAGUGAUGCAGCGCCUCCUGCUGGUCUUUGCCUUACACGAAUCCGUUGUCACUCUCAUCGGUACCAGUGCUUUUAUUUUUGUUUGUUUUUUUUAGGGGGAAGAUGAUGACAACAAAGUAAAUAAGACAUAAGUCUAUUUGAAAAUGCAAUAAAUAUUGUAUAUUUACAUUAAGGAAUAUGGUAAUCAUAGUUAUUGAUCUAUUUUUAUGUUUGUAAAAAGCUUGUAAUAUAGGAAAGAGAAAUGAUUAAGAGUUAUAACAAUGUUCCAGUCGGUGAGCUGACUCUCUGUAGCACUUCUCCGGAUGUUUGGCCAUAGUGGUGAAUGAGCUAAAUGGAUGUGUGUGAGGUUUUGCCAACGAGCCGACAUUUUGGGGAUUCCGUUUCUUAAAAAUCCAGUUGCUGGGUGAACUAGUGAACAGGAUGAGCGGUGGAUGACGGCGACAACACACAAAGGAAAACGAAGAAGAAACAACAACAACAACAUACGGAAGUACACUUCCUGUCCUGGAUGAGCGCUCACCUUGACACGCAGGUGACCCAUCACGUUUGUCUCCUCAUGUUCUCACCUUGUCAAAUCUGAAGAGUAAAAACCCUGUGGUCAUUUCAUGUUAAUCAACCUUGUUUUUAUCAUUUGAAAUAAUUUCAAAUAAAUGUAUUCCUGUUGGGGAAAAAGGUA